AUGUCUGAACCCCAAAGCAAAUCUGUCCACGAGCUGAUGAAGCCUGCCACUCCUACUACAGCUGAGCAAGUCAAUCAAGAAGAGCAGGUGCCCAUCACUUUACCUUCCUCUGAUAACAACGAUAACCAGACAGAGCAAACCACCACCACCACUACCACCACCAACGACACUACGACUGAAUUAAGUGGCGAUAUCAAGACAUUAAAAGACGCAUUCCCAGAUUUGGAUAUCGAUGUCAUUGAGACCAUCUUGGCAAGCCAAGGCGGCAACUUGGAUGCCGCGUUUGAAGUAUUACUUGGCAUGUCGGAUCCUUCUUACAAGCCUGAACCUGGACAAUCAGAGGGUAUGGAUCAGUUGAGACGAGACGAGGAGUAUGCAAGACGUUUAGCACGAGAAGGUGAUGCGCAUUACCCUCAGAACAAUACGCAACAACAACAAGCAGAGCAACCGUUGUUUAAUUUCCAAGAGGAAUUGCCUAUUAUCAAGGAAAAGGUGAUUGAAGCUGGUACAGCUGCCAAGAACAAGAUUAUGAGUCUAUACAACCAAUUCAUGGCUCCUGACCAAGCUCAACAACAGCAAGGACAAUCGUCGCAAGGAGGUAUCUUAGAAUCUGGUAUAGGUAAUUUAAGUCUGUCAGAUAACCAAGCAUCACCACAACAACAACAACAACAACAACGAUAUACAGCACCUUUGCCACAACAGCAAGCCAGGCCCUCUCCACCUACAGCCACAUCUGGUUCAGUGGAUCUAUACGAAUGGGACGGUAACAAGGCUCCACAAUCUCCUGUGCGCAAUCCCUUAUUAUCGCAAAGAAAAGAGUCUGCUACGUCUACACCUGCAGAACAAAUGCUCUCUGACGAAGAGUUUGCUAGACAAUUGGCCAGAGAGGAUGCUGAAGCUUCGUCUCAUGUUGCUACAUCAAAUGCUAUUACUACUACUACUCCUCCUCCUCCUCCUGCAACCACAACAGCCAAUGCCAAUACCACGGCUGCUACUGCUGCUAAUGUGCCUCCCACGACUACCACAUCAACUCAAAAUGCGAAAUCAAGCGCUAGCUCUGAUAACGAAGAAGUUACCUUUUCAGCGUUAGGCAAUGAAUCUGAAAAAGCAACUAAGCCUGGUUACACUCACACAGCAAAUGACGAUGAUGAUUUGGAUGAUCUUUUUGAUAAGCAAGAUUCCAGCUUGGAUCUCUCUGUAGAACCCAUUGAUUCUGUUGAUAAGGAAACUGCAAAGACCAGCAGUCAAAAGUAA